AUUGAACUCUUUCUCUUUUGAGGUUUUAUCUGAAAGGUGGGAUUCUCAUAAAGUUGCAUCUCCAAGUCAUGUCUAAAUAGAUUUCAAUCUUCUCGGAGAAUAACUAGAGUAAGGUAGAAUAAAAUUGAAGGAUACCACUGUGUGGUGCAGUUGACAGCAAAAUGGACUGGGCUGGGAAACAUAAUGGUCCAAAUGAUUCAUCUAGUGAUGGAACAGUACGAUUGCGUGGUCUGCCAUUUGGCUGCAGCAAGGAGGAGAUCGUUCAGUUCUUUCAAGGGUUGGAAAUCGUGCCAAAUGGGAUAACAUUGACGCUGGACUACCAGGGGAGAAGCACAGGGGAGGCCUUCGUGCAGUUUGCUUCAAAGGAGAUAGCAGAAAAAGCUCUGGGGAAACACAAGGAAAGAAUAGGGCACAGAUAUAUUGAGAUCUUCAAAAGUAGUAAAAGUGAAAUCCGAGGAUUCUAUGACCCACCACGAAGAAUGAUGGGACAGCGACCUGGACCAUAUGAUAGACCAAUGGGAGGAAGAGGGGGUUAUUAUGGAGCUGGGCGUGGAAGUAUGUAUGACAGAAUGCGUCGAGGAGGUGGUGGAUAUGACGGUGGGUAUGGUGGCUUUGAUGACUAUGGUGGCUAUAACAAUUAUGGCUAUGGAAAUGAUGGCUAUGAUGACAGAAUGAGAGAUGGGAGAGGAAUGGGAGGCCAUGGCUAUGGUGGAGCAGGAGAUGCAAGCUCAGGUUUUCAUGGUGGUCACUUUGUUCACAUGAGAGGACUGCCAUUUCGAGCAACAGAAAAUGAUAUUGCUAAUUUUUUCUCACCCUUGACUCCUAUAAGAGUACACAUUGAUAUUGGAGCAGAUGGAAGAGCAACAGGAGAAGCAGAUGUGGAAUUUGUGACACAUGAAGAUGCAGUGGCUGCCAUGUCUAAAGAUAAAAAUCAUAUGCAACAUCGAUACAUUGAACUGUUCCUGAAUUCAACUGCUGGAGGCGGUUCUGGAAUGGGAGGCUAUGGACGAGAGGGAAUGGAUCAAGGCGGUUAUGGGUCUGUUGGAAGAAUGGGAAUGGGCAGCAGUUACAGUGGAGGAUAUGGUGCUCCUGAUGGCUUGGGUGGAUAUGGGCGUGGCAGUGGAAAUAGUGGUGGAUACUAUGGACAAGGCAACAUGGGUGGCGGUGGAUGGCGUGGAAUGUAUUGAAGAGUGACAUUGGGUCUACAAAGCAUAUUGGAAGGAAACAGUACCUGGUCUACUAGGCUUUCUUACAAAACUUAAUUUCUUUUGUAUUGAAAACUUUAUAAUGACUGAAGGAAUGUGUUUUCCCAUUAUUUGGUAAGCCGCAGAUUGCAAUGGGGAAAUCUGUUUUCUGUAGGUUUUAUUUGUUGCAUACUCUGACUUUAAAUAAAUUUUUUAUAUUCAAA